GUAUAAUAAUAUCUUUCAAAUCGUCUUGUGAUUGUGUUUAUUUUAUUUUAGUCAUUUUCAUUGAAUUUGCAAGUGUGAAUUAACGUACAUAAAAACAGGUUACCGUUACUUAGGACUUAGGUUACUUCCAGGGAGCUAAUAUUAUCAUAUAACUAACAUGUUUGUAAGAGUAAAUAGAUUUAUGGGGAGAUCUCACUAUUUCAAAUUAUUAUCAACUCAAGUCCAAAGUGCAGAGGGAGCUAAUCCGGUUGUACUUCAAAAGCUGACUGGUGAAGAAAAGGGCAUUGCAUUGUACGGUCUCAAUAGCGCAAAAACUAAAAAUGUACUUGGACAUGAUCUAAUACAGUCAAUGAGAGAGGUUAACAGGAUUUUAAAGGAAGAUACCAGAAUUUCGGUUAUCAUCAUUCACAGUCUUGUUCCAGGAAUAUUUUGUGCUGGAGCAAAUUUAAAAGAGAGAUUUCAAAUGAAUGAUGAAGAAGUAGCUUCAUUUGUACGUGAAUUGAGACAGACUCUGAUAGAGGUAGAAGAUUUACCCAUGCCAACAAUAGCAGCCAUUGAUGGUUUUGCUCUUGGUGGUGGUUUAGAAUUUGCUCUAGCUUGUGAUAUAAGAGUAGCAGCUGAAUCAGCCAAGUUAGGUCUAGUUGAAACUAGCAGGGGCAUUUUACCUGGCGCUGGUGGAACUCAAAGGCUGCCUCGAGUUAUUCACCACAACAUUGCUAAGGAGUUAAUAUUUACAUCUAGAAUCAUUAGUGGGAAAGAAGCUAAAGAAUUAGGAGUGGUGAACCAUGCAGUUCCACAAAAUAGUAGUAACAAUGCGGCAUAUGAGAAAGCGCUUGGUUUAGCUCGUGAAAUCAAUUUAAAUGCACCAAUAGCAUUGAGGUGUGCAAAGCAAGCUAUCAAUGAGGGUGUACAGCUGAGCAUCAAAGAGGGCUAUGAGGUGGAACAAAAAUGUUAUGAACUCAACAUUCCUACUAAAGACAGGAUUGAAGGAAUGGUGUCAUUUAUUGAGAAGAGGAAACCAAAGUACAUGGGACAUUGAAAUUUUGUUAAGUGUUAAAAUGAUAAGGAGACUGUGUUACUUUGUUUUUUUAAUAUAAUUUUAACUGAUAAUAUUAAGAAAAAUGAUAAUGUUGAAGUUAUCUCUUAUCUAGUUGUGUAUAUAAUCUCUGUUGAAACUUGUUGAUUAUUGUAUAAGAAAAAACAUGAAGCAUUUAUAAAUAAUAUAUUUUUAUACACAUUAUGUACAUUGUACUUUAAUCAAAUAUAUUUUAUGAUAUUAUAUAUUUAUGUUAA